UGGGUGGUCAGGCUAUAAAAUCCCUCCAUGCAGGUACUCCAUAGCAGCAUCUUCACAGCGGCACAGUUUGUUCAGACAAAAUGGGAUUUUUAUGCGUUCUUUUUCUCGCUGCCGUCCCCACGGCGUUGGCAGAUACUUUGAGUGAUACCAUUAAGACCUUGGUAUUCCCCAGUGAGACAAAUAGCGAUUAUGUUGAGUUGACCCCUCUUAAACCUCUGAACCUGAGGGCGUUCAGUCUGUGCAUGCGUGUUGCCACAGAGCUCACUGGACAGCGUGAGAUCAUCCUCUUUGCCUAUCGGACUCCACACGCUGAUGAACUGAAUUUGUGGUGUGAACGGGACGGCAGAUUGUCCUUGUACCUGAGUUCAUCAUCAGAAGCUGCUAGCUUCAGCGUCCCUCAGCUUGGUGCCCUUGAGACCCACCUGUGUUUCACCUGGAAUUCCAGUACAGGUGCUACUGCCCUCUUCAUGAAUGGGAAGAAAAGCCUGACUAAAAUCUACAAGCAGGGUCACACAGUGCGUCCUGAUGGCAAGGUUGUCAUCGGACAAGAUCUGGACAGUUACUUAGGUGAAUAUGAGGCUAAACAGAGUUUUGUUGGUGAGAUCAGUGAUGUCAAUUUGUGGGACUCUGUCCUCUCAGACAGCACCAUCAAAUACUUGUCCUCUGGGAUCAGAAUAUCAGGAGGAAACGUUUUAGACUGGGGAAGUAUAGAGUUUAAAUCCAGUUUUGGGGCAAAGAUUUUAAAUCGUGAACUGUAGCUGUAAUUGUCACACAUGACAUGCUGGAAUAAUGUAGGCAGUGUCAUAAUAUAAAAUAAAGCCAUAUAAAGCUUAAAGUCAAUGUAGCCAGCUUAAACCUGUAUAACAUAUAAGCAGAAGAUGAUUUUAUGGUUAACCCUCCUGUUGUCCUUGAGUCGAGGAAGGAAGGGAGGAAGAAGGAAGGAAAGGAGGAAGGAAGGGGAGAAAGGAGGAAGGAAAGGAGGAAGGAAGGGGAGAAAAGGAGGAAGGAAGGGAGGAAGAAGGAUGGAAGGAUGGAAGGGAGGAAGAAAGAGAGAAGGAGGGAGGGAGGAAAGGAAGGAAGGAAGGUAGGUAGGAGGGAGUAAAGAAAGAGAAGGAGGGAAGGAGGAAGGUAGGAAUGAAGGAAGGAGGGAGGGAGGAAAGAAGGACAGAAGGAAGGGAGGAAGGAGGGAAGGAAAGAAGGACAGAAGGAAGAAAGGAAGGGAGGAAAGAAGGAACAGUCAAAACAGGCGGGGUCAAUUUGACCCGGGAGGCCCACACAAAGGUUAAAGUCUGUGCACUCAGGUCAGAAUCAUUCAUGAGCAUUUCUUACCACAAAUGUGGCGUCUCACUGUAAUUGUUUUCAAUCCAAUAAAAACUUUUGCUGAUAA